CCCCUCCCCCCCCUCCCUCCUCCUCUCUCCUCUCUCCUCCUCCCUCCAUCUCCUCUCUCCUCUCGACAGGCAGCAGGAUGGACAUCGUAAAUCAGCUGGUGGCCCAGGGUCAGUUCAGGGUGUUGAAGGUUCCUCUGGGCUUCAUCAAGGCCUUAGAAUGGUUUUUCGCCAUCUUUGCCUUCUCCACCUGUGGCAGUUAUUCUGGGAUGUUCCGGAUGGCGGUGGAGUGUAAGAACCGGACCCUCAGUGACCUGAGUAUAGAGGUGGAGUUUGAGUAUCCGUUCAGACUCCACCAGGUGUAUUUCGAUGCCCCCACCUGUAAGGACAAGGGAACGGACCGCCUCUUCCUGGUUGGCGACUACUCCUCCUCAUCCGAGUUCUUCGUCACCAUCGGCGUCUUCGCCUUCCUCUACUCCACCGCGGCUCUCAGCAUCUAUGUCUUCUUCUUUGAGAAGUACAAAGAGAACAACAAGGGUCCUCUGAUUGACCUGGGUGUGACCGCAGUCUUUGCCUUCAUGUGGUUGGUAAGCUCGGCGGCGUGGGCCAAAGGUCUGUCCGACGUGAAGACGGCGACCGACCCUGCUGAAGUGAUCACUAUGAUCCCCGCCUGUGAUGACGAUGAUGGGAACCGCUGCCGUGAAGUCCACGACCCGGUCAUGUCUGGACUCAACACCUCUGUGGCUUUUGGCUUCAUUAACCUGAUCCUGUGGGCAGGAAACCUCUGGUUCGUCUUUAAGGAGACGGGCAUCAUCGCUCCCUUCAUGCGGGCUCCGCCUCCUCAGGAGAAGGCUGCUGCACCGGACGCCUACGCCCAACAGGGGGCGUACGAACAAGACCCCUACGCCAGCAGCCAGGGAGGCUACCAACCCGACUACAGCCAGCAGGGCUACAACCAGGAUGCAGAGUACGGUCAGGGCUACGGCCAGCAGGCGGCGCCCACCUCCUUCUCUAAUCAGAUGUGAAGUGACAGGAAGCAGAAUGCAUCGGAGUGAACCAACAGUGGGUCGCCUGCAACCUACCCACAAUGCAACACUCAUGUCUGUCUGCAAAGUUAACGGGUGGGGUGGGGGGUGGAGGUUAAAUGAGGAUGGGUUAGAUGUUCUCUAUAUUGAUCGAUGUGUAAAUGAUAAAAAGAGUUAUAAUUCCACUAACUUGAAAGCACCAAAACAACAACAACGCUGACCAAUCAGAAACAAGUGAUGAUAUUGAUCAGAGUAAUUCAUAUUAAAGAACAUAAUCUGUGGAGAGAAUGUAUGUUUGUGUUGUAUAGAUAUCACUGAACAGAUAUAUAAUAUAGACUGAACUGUAUUCAUGUUUCCUAUUGAACCCAAUGAUCUGCCCCGCCCCCUGCCAUAUGCCCCGCCCCCUGCCAUAUGCCGAUGCGUCGUCAGAUCCACAGACCAGAUUUAAAUCAGCCAAUCAUGGAGCUGUUCAGACUGGGUUCACACAGAGACAAACCCAAUUUGAACCGACACCAGAUGAAACUGGAUCCAAACCAACAUCACCUCCAGCUGUGUGCUGUUUGUCUUGCUGCAUGUAAAUAUCAACACAGGAAGUGAUGUCAUUCUGGAGACACAGUUAACCCAGUCUGAACUCCAGCUUCACGUUGGAAACUGGAUCCAAAAUGGCUCCUGGUUGUUACAGUUUACACUGUCUGUGUGUUAGAUUUACAGGCUCAGCUGUCUGUUACAUUCCUGCUGCUCCUCUCGGAUCAGAGCGGCGACAAACAUCCGUCUGAACGAUUAAUCAAUCAGAACCAGGACCGGAUCACUCUGCUGGUCUCAGCUUCAACACACCGACACCGGAGGAAGCUAGCAUCACUCUGAUCAAAUACUAACGGUCUCCAUGACAACACUGACGUCCACACUGAGGCAGAAAGUGAAUCUGUGGUUAGCAUGUGUUAGCUAGCUGACGUCUCACCAGAGCAACAGAUAUUACUGACUUAGUUUAGCCGGUUACAACUACCUAACUUUGCUUGCACACAUUAAGUGUGUUACUGUGGACUGAAGACAGCAGACACCAUUUCACAUAAACACUCAACACACUGAGCGUUGGACAGACACAAAAUGGACGUCUCAUGUUAGGAGGAGCUUCCUGUCGAGCGCCCGCCUCUGACACAGAGCAAAAAGUUAAAAGCUCCAUGUUUGAAUCUUCAGACGGACGUUUGUCAGCGUUCAACUCACUGUUUUCUGUUGUUUGUGUUCUCCUCGGCUCUCAGCCAAUCAGCUGCAGCCGUGAGUCUUUCUGAAAAGUUCUGGGUCUGAAAAGUAAGAAAAAAAAAAACUUGAUGCCUCUUCUUCUUUGGUUGUUCUGUUUUUCUGGGAACGUGAAGCUGUUUUUAGCGUCGGUAUCUUCCUCCGCAUGGUGACGUGUUUCUGCUCGUGUUGUACAGUAACUGAUGAUCAGUGUGAUUCUACUUCCUGUUUCCUGUACAGGUGUAUGUGUGUGUGUGUGUGGGUGUGUGUGUGUGUGUUUGUGUGUGUGUGAGAGUGUUUCUGUCAUGACUUCUUGUACAUCUCUAUCAAUCUCUUUUCUUUCCUCCUCCUCUUCAUCACCUUCUUCUCUUUAAUUGUCUUCCUUUGGUUUUUAUAUCUCUCAAUCUUUUUCUUCUUUACUCCCUUCUUCCCCUUCUUCUUCUUCUCUUUCCUUCCUUCCCCCUCGACAUCUUCC